GCCCCUGCCCGAUUCCUAAGGCCACGCCCCUCGCGCACCCUGGCCACGCCCACCCCGCUGGAAUCCAAAGCGGCUAUGGGGACGCCCAGCAGCCCCGAGGAGGGGACCCCGACUUCGCCAUCCGUCCCGGAAUGCGACGCCCAAGCCUUUCCCCAAGAAGCUGCUCAACCCCAGGGACUUUCCGAGGAGCCCCAAGUGCAAGAGGCUCCCGGGGUCCCCGCGGAGCUCCCGAGCCGCCCGGGAGCGAAUCAGCAGGCCGAGGAAGAGGAAGAAGUCGGGGAAGGCAGCAGCACGGAGAGCUGCCGGGAGGAGCUCGAGGCUGCAGCUCCGGCCCCGGCCACACCCACCGCGCUCAUCUCCUCCGGGGAGGGGGCGCGGGGGGCGGCGCGGCGACUGCGGGCGCAGCAGCUGGAGGCGCUGACCCGCGUGGCCCUGAUGGAGCAGCGGGUCAAGGAGCUGCAGCGCCAGAGGAAGGAGCUGCGGAUCGAGAUGGAGGUGGAGGUGGCCCUGCUUCGAGGUGAGCUGGCCGGGGAGCGCGUGGCGGCCCGGCGGGAGGAGGAGCGGCUUCGGGAGCUGCUGGACCGGCAGGUGGACGCGACCAGGGGCAGCCAGGAGCUGCGGGAACAGGAGCAGAGGCGGCUGCACCAGGAGCGGGAGCGGGUGGAGCAUCUUCGCCAGAGACUCCGGGAUGCUGAGGGGCAGCUCGAUUCCCAGCCUGAGGACCAGCGGGAGCGCUUUCUGCAUGGGGUACAAGAGAUGAGGGAGCAGCUGGAUGUGGCCCAGCGGGCCUAUGAGGAUCUGGAGUUCCAGCAGCUGGAGCGCGAGAGCCGGCAGGAGGAGGAGGACAGAGAUGGCCCUGGGGCCUCAGUGUCAGACCCCAAGGUCCAGGAGCUCCAGGCCAGCGUGGCGCAACACAGGCGUCGCAUUCAGGUCCUAGAGGAGCAGCUCGGAUCGCUGGGGGAGCAGAUGGCUGCCGAGAGCCGGGGGCUGAGCCGGAAGAAGGAGGAGGCCCUCCAGGCCCUGACGCAGGAGCGGAGUCGACUGUUUGAGCUCAGCAGCCUGCAUGAGACGCCCGGAGGUGACUUCUCAGAGCCCAGCCAAGCCCUCACCAAGCUCCUGUUCACCCAGAAGACUGACCGCCAACUGCUGGUGCUGCAGGACCCCGCCGCCGCCGCCACCGCCGCUGCCUCUUCCUGUCUCUUCUCCGUCCACAGCUCCCUGCAGGCCCCACCCACGCCCCCACCACGCCCCUCUGGGCCUCGUGUCCUGGACCUCCGGCAGCACCUGGAACGCUGGGGUCACAACCCCGAAAGCUGUCCCCACGUGAGGGUGUCCGGGGGCUGCUGCCGUGGACCUCUGGUGAAGAUGGGGGGCCGCAUCAAGACCUGGAGGAAGCGGUGGUUCUGCUUCGACCGCCAGGCCCGCCGCCUGGCCUACUACGCAGACAAGGAGGAGACCAAGCUCAAAGGUGUCAUCUACUUCCAGGCCAUUGAAGAAGUCUACUAUGACCACUUACGCUGUGCCUUCAAGAGCCCCAGCCCCCGCCUGACGUUCUGCGUCAAAACCUACGAACGCCUUUUCUACAUGGUGGCCCCGAGCCCGGAAGCUAUGCGCAUCUGGAUGGACGUCAUUGUGACAGCUGCAGACGAGAACCACGCCCCCUGAGCCUUGACCACGCCCCCACGACGUCCCUUGAGAGCCGGCCCCCUUCCGCUCGUGCCUAUAGGCGGCCGGGCCACGCCCAUUUCCGGAAAAGCCUGGUCCCACCCGUUCGGAACUCUCGCGACGCGGCUCAGCGGGCCUGAGCCGCGGAGGUCGCGGCGGCCGGUGGCGUUCCCCCGCCCGGGGCCGGGGGAGCUCGCGGGGAGCGGAUGCGACU